AUGAUGCUGCAGGCGGAGUUUGCGGAGCUGGAGGAGAUCGAUGGAGUGCGCAUGACGUGGAAUGUGUGGCCACACAGCCGGCUGGAGGCCGCCAAGUGCGUCAUCCCCUUUUGCACGCUCUACUCGCCAGCGCGGCAGACCUCGCAGCUGCAGGUUGUGGAGUACGACCCUGUGACCUGCAAGACGUGCGGGUCGGUGCUCAACCCGUAUGCGUCGGUCGACUUUGCGGCCAAGAUCUGGACCUGCCCCUUCUGCCACACGCGCAACCACUUCCCGCCGCACUAUGCCGGCAUCAGCGAGGCCAGCGUACCGGCGGAGCUGUUCCCUCAGUACUGCACCAUCGAGUACAGCCUGCCCCGCCUGGGCGCGCAGUCGCCCCCCGCGUACGUCUUUGUCAUCGACACGUGCGUGCCCGAGGACGAGCUGGUGGCGGCCAAAACCGCGGUGCAGCAGGCGCUGACCAUGGUGCCGGAGUAUGCGCAGGUCGGGCUGGUGACCUUUGGCACGCACGUGCAUGUGCACGAGCUGGGUUUCAGCGAGUGCCCCAAGGCGUACGUCUUCCGCGGCACAAAGGACUACUCGGCGGGGCAAGUGCAGGAGCAGCUCGGCCUGCACAGCCAGGCGGCGCAGCGGCGGGGCGCGGGGCCGCCCUCGCCGCUCAAGCAGGGCGGCGCGGGCGGCGCGGUGCCCGGCUCCCGCCCCGGCAACCGCUUCAUCCUGCCGCUGUCGGACUGCGAGUUUGCGGUGAACCAGGCCCUGGAGGAGCUGCAGCGGGAUGCCUUCCCGGCGGUGGCAGCCAGCCGCCCGUCGCGCGCGCUGGGCACGGCGGUGGCGGUGGCGGCGGCGCUCAUGGGCGGCUGCCUGCCGGCGGGCAGCGGCGCGGGCCGCCUCAUGCUGCUGGUGGGCGGGCCGUGCACAGAGGGCAGCGGCAAGGUGGUGGACAAGGAGCUGACGGAGCCCAUCAGGUGGGGGGGAGGUCCCACCCUCUACGCCUUCACCUUCAACGGGCCCCCCGAGCCCGUGCUGCUCGACGUCUCCUCCAUCACCCCCGACCGCAUCCUGCUCCUGGACGCCUACUUCUACGUGGUCGUCUUCCACGGCUCCACGGUGGCGCAGUGGCGCAAGGCGGGGUACCAGGAGCAGGCGGAGCACGCGGCGUUCAAGGCGCUGCUGGCGGCGCCGCAGGACGAGGCCCACGCCAUCAUCUCCCGCCGCUUCCCCACCCCCCGCUUCACCGACUGCGACCAGAACGGCUCCCAGGCCCGCUUCCUGCUGGCCAAGCUGAACCCGUCGGCCACCUACAACACCAGCAGCGCGCUGUCCAGCGAGAUCAUCAUGACCGACGACGUCAGCUUGCAGGUCUUCACAGACCACCUCAAGAAGCUGGCGGUGCAGAGCUGA